AUGGGCAAGACAUCCAAGGACAAGCGGGACAUCUACUAUCGCAAGGCGAAGCAGCAAGGCUACCGUGCACGAUCAGCCUUUAAGCUGCUACAGUUGGAUGACAAGUUUGGACUUCUGAGCGGCGCUACUCGUGUCGUGGACUUAUGCGCAGCCCCUGGAGGCUGGAGUCAAGUGAUUGCGGAACGCGUGCCUAAAGAUAGCACCAUUAUAGCAGUAGAUCUUAUGGAGAUGGCGCCGCUGGACGGAGUGGUGCAGCUAAAGGGUGACAUCACGCACAAAGCUACCGCCGACGAAAUUGUCGCGCAAUUUCGCGGUCAGAAGGCGCAGGUCGUCGUGAGUGACGGCGCCCCAGACGUGCUCGGACUUCACGAUCUGGACGAGUACCUACAGGCACAGCUCGUUCUUGCUGGACUCAACAUCAGCCUUCAAAUUCUGGAAGACGGCGGUACCUUUGUUGCUAAACUGUUUCGAGGCAAGGAAGUGUCACUGUUGUAUGCCCAGCUGCGUCGAUUUUUCAGUAAGGUGACAUGUGCCAAGCCCAAAACGAGUCGCAACUCGAGCUUCGAGGCGUUUGUUGUUUGCCAAGAUUUCCACUUACCCAAGGAUUUCGUGCCGGACAUGGAGCGAAACUUGCUGGAUUUGCAGUACGUUGAAGAUGCCAAGUAUGAAGACGACGAGGACUGGUAUACCAGCGACGUAUCAGCGGAGCGUGGUGUGUGCGCUGACGUUGUGUUUAUGGGUGCUGGCGAUGUGUUUGGCUACGAUGCCGAUCAAUCGUAUCCGCUGGAUGAAGAUGAAGGGGACACGGCAACACAAGGUGAUGCGGCAAAGUAUGUUCAUCAGGAACCACUGCAGAAGCCUAUCAACCCGCCGUACGCUAAUGCGCUUAAGAAACAACAGCACAAGUAA